CAGAUUCCACAAAGUGUUUACGACAUAACCUCGAACUUUUUGUGGGAGUACUUUUUUCGCGUCAAAUGGCCUUUAACCACAGUCUUCCAAUUUUCUUGUCCUUCGGGAAUUGAUGUACUCCAAUUUCUGAGCAUAUUGGCACAAAACAACGCGUCAUUGUGCUUAAAAUAAUUUCUAAUCAAAAAUUCCAAUACAAAUAUUGAAUGUUAUGGGAACAAUGCACACAAGCGCCACUUUGACAGUUGCCAACCCCAUUCCGUGAGUAAUGUCCUUUUAAAUCGUGAUAAACGUUUCCCUGCUUUUGUCAAUGGCAUAUUCGCAAACCGCGCGACGCCAAAUUAAAAAAAAAAGGAAAUGUGUAAUGCAAAAACCGGGGGCUUCAAUUUUGUUUCACUUUAUUACAACAUAGAUUCCAGUGGAUUCUAAUUAUAAAUUUAACGUUUCAAAUUUAACAAUUGGAUUCGUACGGAUCUCAGCAGUGUCUUAUAUAGGGGCAGUCCAGUCUGUUUGCAAUCAUGGCUAGGACCGUGUUGGAGCUAGCCCGCACUCUGCGUACCAAGGAUGCGCACCGCUUGCGUAUGGUCGCAUGAAAGCAAUCCGUACGAGCCACUGCAAACAUACCCGAGGCGCUACGAAACCGGGGCAGCCUCAACACAGCCCUGAAAGCAUUAUUGAACUGGACGCGGAUCGUGCUGCAUGCACGUUGUGUAUAGUCAGCCCACAGAGUAUUAAUCUCCUUCAAAUGAGAUUUUACAGAAAUAUUCUGCAGCAACCAGUGUGUUGACUUUUCAUUGAGCGUUGCUGAUAUUCAUGUGUUAUACAAUAGCCAUAUCAUCAUACUCAUUUUCUUUUAGUGGUUAAUUAAACAAAAACAAGGACACUUGUUGCAUCAGACAUGAGGAUAAUGACUUGCCUUUUAAAUAAGUAUACUUUGUUUAAUUUGUACGGAAUAUAAUGUAUAAAAUAUAUUUUAGUCCCUAAGUUGAUUUAUUUAUUGGAUAAACAUGAAUAUCUAAAUAUAAAUAUACAUAAAUAAAACAUUUAAGUUUUUUUCUUUUUUUUCUUAAGUUAAGUUUCUCUUAAGUUUUUGAUCCAACAGAUAGGGAACGCAGAAUGUUAAUAUUUUUCUCACAUUUUUUAACAAUAUGAUUAAUAUGAUGACCGCCACUUAAUCUAGAACCUUAUACCACACCAAGCAAUUUCACAUUGUCUACAACCGAACUUUUUUGUUGAUUGUAAGAUAUUGAAACAUUAGGACAAGAUCUGGACCGAGAGAAAACAACCACUUUGCUUUUAGGGAUAGAUAGGGACAUACCGUGGUCUGAGAGCCAGUCUUGGAGAUAGCCUAUAGCUGAAUUUAGGCGAGAAGAGGCCUCAUCAAUAUUCUUAGAAGAAACGAGUGCGAGAUCAUCAGCAUAUUGUAGAACUUGACAAAAGGAAUUAACCGAAAGCUUUAAAUCGUACGUAUAAAUACUGUAAAGUAACGGGCUAAGGACUGACCCUUGGGGAAGCCCCUUCCACAGCUGUCUGGGAGAGGAAGAAUAAUUGGAGCACGAAUAGAUGCGAAUCUAAGAGACAGGAGAUUAAAAAUUAUGUUUACAAUCUACAUAGGAAUACUCAGCUGGAGCAUUUUCUGCCUGAGCACUGAAAGAAGAACAUUGUCAAACGCAGAUGACACGUCCAGAAAAACACCUACUAAAGACUCAUUUUUAGAGAAGGAGAUACGAACGUCUGUUACAAAUAUGCUUAAACUAUCCAUAGUGCUAAAACCUUUUCGGAAUCCAAACUGAGAUUUAGCUAAUAUGUUCCUAUUUUCCACAAUCCAUUCUAAACGGUUCUUGAUUAAAUGUUCCAAUAUCUUAGCCAUUGUACAGGACAAGCGAUUGGCCGAUAGCUAGAAGGGUCAGAGCUGGGCUUCCCAGGUUUUAAAAUAGUGUGUGUGUGUGUGCAAUGCUGUAACAAUUCCAUUGUAGGAAUUUGGGUAUUUUUAAUAAUUUUAGUAACCUCAGUAAGUUUAGAUACGACAUUGUUCGGUAGUUCAAGGUCCCCAAAACGGGAAAAUAUACUUAGUCUGGCAUCGAUAAUAUAUCGAUGUAGUCUGGCCAUAAAUACUGUUACAAUUAAAAAUAAACAAAAUAUUACAUUUGAAUUUGGAAUCUGUCAUUUUUAUAUGAUUGCUCAUUGUGUUUUCUCAUUUUGGCGCCAAUACAUUGUACAAUAUUUUGCGAUAUUAAAAUGGAGUGGGGUGAUAUAGAGAACCGAAUCGCUGUAAUUGCAUUACACAAAGUAGGUAUGGAGCCAAAUGCAAUUUUUAAAACUCUCCAUACGCUUGGUAUUAGUAAAAUGUUUGUGUACCGGGCUUAUUAAAAGGUGCAAUGAGACCUCCUCUGUUUGUGACAGAAAAAGAUCUGGCCGUCCACGUAGUGUUCGUACGAAAAAGGUGGUCAAAGCAGCAAGGGAAAGAAUUCGAAGAAAUCCUGUCCGAUAGCAAAAUAUUUUAUCUCGGGAAAUGAAGAUAGCGCCUAGAACCAUGUCACGUAUUUUAAAAUAUGACUUAGGACUUGCAGCCCAUAAGACGUACUGGUCAUUUCUUAACUGAUAAUUUAAAAGAGAAUACGGUGGUAAAAUCAAAACAACUACUGAAGCGGUACGCAAAGGGAGGUCAUAGAAAUUUUUUGUUUCCGGAUGAGAAAAUUUUUACAAUUGAGCAUCAUUUUAACAAACAAAAUGACCGUAUUUAUGUUCAAAGCUCUAAGGAAGCUUCCCAAUUAGUCGACAGAGUGCAACGUGGGCACUAUCCGACUUCAGUGAUGGUUUGGUGGGGUAUUAGCUAUGAAGGAGUGACUGACCCAUACUUUUGUGAAAAAGGUAUCAAAACAUCGGCACAAGUGUAUCAAGAUACCAUUCUUGAGAAGGUAGUGAAGCCCCUUAACAACACCAUGUUCAAUAAUCAAGAAUGGUCUUUCCAGCAAGACUCGGCGCCAGGUCAUAAAGCUCCGUCUACGCAGUCUUGGUUGGAAACGAACGUUUCGGACUACAUCAGAGCUGAAGACUGGCCGUCGUCUAGUCCCGAUCUUAAUCCGCUGGAUUAUGAUUUAUGGUCAGUUUUAGAGAGUACGGCUUGCUCUAAACGCCAUGAUAAUUUGGAGUCCCUAAAACAAUCCUUACGAUUGGCAGUGAAAAAAUUUCCCAUGGAAAGUUUGCGUGCUUCUAUUGAUAACUAGCCUCAACGUUUAAAGGACUGUAUUGCAGCCAAUAGAGACCACUUCGAAUAAACUUUUUAUACUUUAAAUUGUUUUAUAUUUAUGUAUUAAAGUACAGUAAGUGCGACGCCGCGACGGUACGAGACUGAAUUGGAUAUGGCUUGGGUGUGGGGAGAAUAUUGGGUUAGGGCUUGGGAAGAUUGAGUGGGAAAAAGGGAGGAAGAAGUACGAGAAAUAUCUGCAAAAGAUCUUCUAACUUGAAGAAACCUGACUGAUGCUUCGUUGUAUAAGAUAUUUUCUUGUGACAUUACCAGUUUGAUGGAUUUCUGUCUAAAAUGUUCAGGACAAAAUGUAUCAAUGGCUUUAUGGCUACCAGAGCAAAACAAACAGGUAGGUAUUGGAGAUAAACUAUUACAGUCAAUACCAGAGUGAGAUGUCGCACAGAUUUAACAACGCGCUUUUGACCGGCAUUGCGUAGCAACAUGUCCAAACCCACAGCAAUUAUUGCAUUGAAUAGUUGGUAAAAUAUAUGUCUGAACUGGGAGGGAAGUGUAAAAACAGUAAUCCUUAUCUGGAAGCUUUUGGCCAAUAAAUGUAAGAACAAGUGUCGGAGUUGGAGUCCAAAUAGUAGCGUUAUUUUCAGUUGACUUUUUAUUCAGUCGUCGGGCUCUGAUGACACGUCCAAAACCAUCAGGAACUUCAAUGCAAGAAACUAAUUCUUCUAGGGUCCACUCUACUGGUACGCCUCUUACAAUACUCAUGCGGGUCACAUUAUAAGAAGGAAUAAUAGCAUUGUAUUUAGCUGCGGCAAGACCUGGGUGAUCUAGGAAAGAAUUUACGGCAAAAGCAGUUUUAAAUUGGACUGAGACGCGGUUUUGGCCGAUACGUUUAGCGCCGUCUUUAGCAACGUCUUUGAUAUCGUUGUGGUGUAAAAAGUGACCAAACUCAAUGGGGCGAAGUGUAGCACUAGACGAAGACUCGCAAUCUUUUCUUACUUGGAUCAAAAAAGGAGCAACAUCCUGAUCCAAAUACCGUUUUCUGUUGCCCUCAUAUUCUGGUAAAGUAUACACAGACCGAACAGAUCCGAUUGCUUCCGCGACUGUAUUUUUCUUUGGUGGUAAAGAGGAAUAAUCAGAAUAUGGAGGAAUUUGUCUUUUUCUAAAAGUAUGGAUUACCUCCGUGUCCAUUGGGAUUGGAGAGUUAGAUGGGUCAAGGAUAUAACCUCCCCCGGGAUCGGGGGGGUCGACGCCGUUAAUAAUUUCACUAUUUACACUAAACUACUAUACUAUAAUACUUACAACACUUAUAUAAACACACAAAACUAAUAAUUAGAUAAUCAACAGGGGAUAAAAUUCAAUAAAACACCCGAAAAAUAAGUGAAAAAUACGGAUAUGUCCAAAACACUUGCUUCACGCACUUAACCUUCGAAUCCUCGAAUAAAAUCGACCCGGCGCGGCGGCGUCAAAACAAAGAGAAAAAAACCCACUGAUUAUUUACUGAUUAGUGAUUUCUGAUUGUGAUAAUGCCACAAUGAUUAACAAAUAUGAAUAGAAAAUUAGAUUAAAAAGGUACACACUACAAAUCCUACAUAAAUACACUUCUGUUAUACACUUUAGGCUCGACAAUGUUUCAUGUUUCAUGUAUUAAUUUGGUGUCAUAUUUAAGAAUUUCAUUCCACUUCGUCGCUUUCGUACAUUUAGUGGUAACCGCGGUCGUGACAUUGUCUAUUGAUACGACCGUUGAUGCAGAUCCCAGGAUACGUAAUUAUUUCUACAUCAGAUGGAUGCUCCUCACUUGUUGGUUUAAUCUGAUAAUGCUUUGUUAUUUGCCGAUCGUCAUCUAUUGCGAGUGGAACAGCUGUGGACUUGGUAGCGGAGGACGGAAAUGCAUUCCAUUACUGAAAAAGAUUGCGGACGUCACGAUGACCAGCGUUGUGGCACCCACAACUUUUAUGGCAGAUAUAGUAUUUUGGACGACGAUGAUAACCAACCCGGAGAUGAUGGCUCCACCGAAACUAUUCGACUACCUCCCGUACUGGUGCCAGCACUCGCUGCACACCGUGUCGGCGGUCGUUGUAAUCGGAGACUUGAUACUGACUCCAAGGAGGAGGCCAAGGAAUCUUGCACCGCGUUUCACGAUUAUGACAGCUUUUUAUUUGUUUUAUCUCAUUGUGCUAUACAUCAAUUAUCUGAACGGACAAAUAGUGUAUAACGCUAUCGAUAGUCUACCAGGCUCCAAAAUAAGAACUAUAUCCUUGGCCGUUUACACCGGCUACGUGGUUUUCUUUUAUUUACAGUGGAUGUUAAUAGAUCUUGUGUGGAGAUAGCUUCUGUGAAAAUACUAUAAUCUGAUCUACUCAGUGAUUUUGUUGUUGUUUUUUGUUUUUGUGUGGCGACAUCCCUAGUUACCGAAGUGCCCAUCACCAGCGGCGGAACACGCCAAAAUACAAGCACCACAAAGCAGCUAGCGGCGGUGUUCUUGGCGGUAUCAUUUAGAGCGUAAUACACGCUGCGCUUUGGCGGUCGGUGCCACAUGAACAAACACCGCCAACUGUUCCCAUUUGUUGGCAUUUCUUGACGGCGUUACACCUGCCGCGGCUUCCAGAAGGAAGACAGAAGCAACAAGUAUCCCACAAAACAAGCUAUCAGCUUCUUGCGCAGUGAGCCAGGGACCCCACAGCCCUGGUUGCUCCGAGGCCUGAUUCGUGCCUCCGCAAGUGCUCACGAUAACUCAGCACUGGCGAAAAUUUAAAGACGAAAAGAGAGCACUAUCUACACAGAUCAAAAACAAUCUGCGUAUUAAUUUCUUCACAUUCGUUUGAUUCAGGGGUCGCCAAAUGGCAGACUGCGCAACCCUUUUUGUGCGGACCGCGAGAACACAGCAUCUGGCACUAUAGAGUACGUUAUUUAAUAAAAAUGUAUUCUCUGCAUUAUCUUUGUUGACGCCAAUUAGAAAGAGUUCGCGGAAGACGCACGCGUUGACCGCCGCGGUGGGGAAGCGCUCGCGAGCUAAGUGUUGUGUGGACCUCAAUGGUCAUUUCAUUUCUUAAAACGUAUCCCUAUCGAAAAUAAAUUUAAACGUAUGGUAGAUAGUAUGUGCAUGUCUGAUUCCCGUAGUACAGGGCACAUGGUCGGGGCUCGGAUCCUGUGUAAAUGUGCCUGAUGUUAGCAGUCUCCUAGGCUGGACCCUGCGACCUCGCCUACACAUUCGGUGGAACAUAUUAUAGAUAUGAAAAAAAGUGUCCUUUUUUAUUUAUAGUGUAAAAGGGUGGUCGGCAGGUGGUAAUGGGCUUACGCUCCGCCUGGUGUUCAAUGACUGCCGAAGUCUAUAGGCAUUACAACAUGGAAGCCAUGGAGACAUGAGGUCGCAGUCUCAACUGUCAACAACGGCUUUCGAACCGCAGCCCGUAGUAGUCGGUAAAAGAAAAGUUUGUUACCUAGUUAACUUUCGCCACUGUAGGUACAGGAUAUUGAAAUAUGAGUAUUCUAUGCGAGUGAAGUUUUUCAGUCGUUAUGUAAUAGAUAAAUAUGUAGAUAAAAUAUUUAUUGUCAAUUAAACUUUUUAAUUACUUUCACGUAUGUACGAAAAAAAUUAAACACAUUUUUUUUUGUAAAAAAA